AUGUCGUCUACCUUCAGCGACAACGCGGCGACCGCGGCGCGAGGCUUCGGCGCAAGUGUGGAGGAUGACGGACUCGACCCAGAGAACAGCUUGAUCGCGGACGAAUACCCCGACGAGGUCGACUAUUAUGCUCUACUAGGCCUUUCUCAACAACCACCUCCGACCGAGGCCGAAAUCCGUUCCGCGUACCGCAACCUUUCCCUCAGCUUCCAUCCGGACAAACAACCGCCGCAUCUCCGCGAGGCCGCUAAGCGGCAUUUCACCCAGAUACAGGAGGCGUACGAUACACUCAUUGACCCUCACAAGCGCACGGUAUAUGACUUGCUUGGAGCGGAGGGUGUCAAACAAGAAUGGAGUACCCAGGGUACCAUGGGUCCCGGGGGAGAGGCGCAUACACAGGAUGUUGGCGUGAAGGCCAUGGCGCCCGAAGAGUUUCGACAAUGGUUCUUGAAGACGAUGAAGAAGCGUGAACGGAAGGCUAUUGAAAAGCUUGUGGCAUCUAAGGGCACAAUCAUUCUUGGGAUAAAUGCUUCAAACACAAUCAGGGUGGAUAAGGUUAAUGAAGAGGUAUCUAUACAAGUACCAUCGCCGAAGCUGAGUACUUUUGGUGCCACAUAUCAGUUCAAGGCUCCCUUGCGUAUGCCUGGGUUUCUUGCCAGACCCGAGAACAGUAAUGAGGAUGAGGAGGAGAAUCAAGACAAGGACCAGUCAGCGGAAGCUGAUACAAUGGAGGAGGAGAAUUUUGGAGAUGUGACAUUGAAUGCAGCUGUUACCGGUGGUAUGACUCGUCAAAAACAGCCCUACAUUGUCCAAUUCGAGGAUGGAACAGAGCAGGAAAUCCAGGUACCGGGUCCUCGCCUGUUAGUAGCCAAGGAGAUACACCUUGGUGCGACCUUUACUCCCAACCUCAGAAGCCUAGCAAGUAACAAGGGAAUCCUGACUUGGCGCCCUUUUUCGUUUCUUAGAGACUCGGCAGUCUCUGUUGAGGGUAUUCUUUUACCAGAUCCAGCCUUAAAAACCUCGAUCGCUCGAAGUAUCCAGCCAGUUUCCGGUAUUAGGCCGUUCUCAGUUACAGCCUCUAGCACUAUCAAACACUCCCUGUUUGAAACUCCUCCUGCAUUGGAUAUUCAAGUCAGCAAACAGGUCGCUCAGCGAAAGAUAGCUUUCUGGUCAUGGUCCAGUGGCUCAUGGGGAUGGCCUGAAUUCCUCUUCAAGCGCCUCAUAUUUCUUGGUAUGAGUCCCGAUACCCUUUUCGCCACGGAAGAGGAACACAGCAACUUCCAAAUCGGCCUUAUCUCGCUGCCUGAAUCUAGCGGAAAGGUGCAUGAUGUGGAUGAUGAGGAAGACGACGAAGAAGACGAGUAUCGCCAACUUUUACAGAAGAAGCGGGCCGCCAGUCGUACUGCAGAGACGUGGCAAACAUUCCUGCAGGUUUCACCUGGCGGAGGUGCCAUUGUCUUGAAAUAUGGACGAAAUUUGUUCUCUGGAAAACCAACUGAUGACCCUAUCAAAUCAGAGUGGAGCGGAGAGGGAUAUUUCCCCAUGCCGAGGAUGGAGGAAGCUCGCGGUGUGCGACUCGAUGUUAGUAGUGUUAUUUCUCACGAUCUGAAGCCUAGCUGGACUGUCAAGGGAACCCGACGAGUUGGCGAGUAUACCACCGUUGGGUUGGGCGUUGGUAUUGCACACACUGGUGUGCAUAUGACUGUUUCCUGGAACCGCCUUGGGCAGGGCUUCAAUAUCCCUAUCGUUCUGUGUCCUGCGAACGAGGCUAACCAGGAUGCUGCUGUUUUCGCUACGCUUGCUCCAUGGUUAGCUUAUUGUGCAAUCGAAUUCGGUUACAUACGGCCACGCGAUCGUAAGAACCGACGACAAGCGGCGGCUCGUCGUCACAAUGAGUUGAAGAAGCUCAUACCUCAGAAGCGAGCAGAGAGCCAAGAAGCCAUUGAGCUUAUGGCUGAUCAAGUACAAAGGCGACAAGCCCGAGAAGCGAAGCAAGAUGGCCUGGUUAUUACCAAGGCUGAAUACGGAUAUGUUCCCUCGACAAGCAAAAAGUUACGGGCUAAAUUCCCGGAAUCUCGACUCAUUGAUGUGACGAUCCCGGUAGCUGCGAUGGUUGAUCAAGGUCAACUAGGUAUUCCUUCAAACAUCGUCAAAUUCCACAUCAUGGGAUUCCAUGACCCUGCACCUUUGUUACCCAAGCGACUACGAGUUUGGUACACGUUCCAGGGUCGCGAUCAUUUCGUGGAUGUCGGUGAUAAAGAGGGCAUUUCUUGCCCCAUGCGCACGCACUUGGUCUCGACCUGA